AAAAAAAAUCCUUUCAUUCGUUCUUCUUCCAUUCUCCUUCCAUUCUCCUUCUUCCUCUCCUACUCCCAAACUUACAACACCUUUCUCUCUUGCAAGCUUACUAAGAGAUAGUGUAGAGUAUCAAAAGAGAGUUUUUGUCUUCGAAGAAUUAGGAACAAAUAAACAAUGUUUCUCAAAGUUCAGCUGUCUUGGAAUGUCAUCAUUGCUCCAGAAAAUCUGCAACCACAAGGUCUGAUGCUUCAGAGGGCAAUCAUCAUCCGCCUGCUAGGUGACUUUGCUAUGAAGAAAGCAACCAAAGAUUUGGGAUACUUUCUUGCUGUGACCACACUGGAGAAAAUAGGGGAAGGAAAGGUCAGACAGCAUGGGGAUGUGCUCUUCCCUGUUGUUUUUAAUGCCAUUACCUUCAAGAUUUUCAAUGGAGAGAUAUUGGAGGGUGUUGUCCACAAGGUUCUAAAGCAUGGAGUUUUCAUGAGAUGUGGUCCAAUUGAGAAUGUCUAUCUCUCACAUUUGAAGAUGCCUGAUUACGAAUAUGUUCCUGGUGAAAAUGCUUGCUUCAUGAAUGACAAAUUGUCAAAAAUUGGAAAAGAUGUCACACUUCGCUUUUCAGUGAUAGGUACUAAGUGGAUGGAAGCAGAUAGGGACUUUCAAGCAUUGGUCAGUUUGGAAGGAGAUUAUCUGGGACCAGUCUCCACUCUCGAUAUAUAGCUACAUUUUCUUUUAGGUUAUGUCAGUAACGGUUGUUUUCUUGUUGAGAGCAAACUCAUUUUGUCUGUGGGACUUACUCUUUUCACCUUCCUGACUGGUACAAAUCAUGGAACCUAUUAACCAAAUUAA